AAUACUUGGCUAUAAGCCAGUUGUUUUCUCGCCGUCUUCCCUGUGGACGUCGAUCAUGGCCCAAAUGGAUGUGUGGUCUAAACGCCGCUUCUGGUGGGAAUGCGUCGUGGUCUACGGCUUGCUGCUCUGGUGGAUUUACAUCGGUGCGACGUCCGGAGUUUCUCAGUUUCUCCCUCCAAAGCUGGACAUCGACACUGCCUACAUCGACAUUCCGGCCAACAGCACUUUGCGGAUAACAUGCUACGGCAGGUACCCGCUGGCCUGGUCCCUCCCACCGGUUGGAGACAACGUGUCCCUCCGCUCAUCCAUCUAUUAUGAAGAGGUGGAUGGCAUUCGCCCCUUCAAGAGCGUCUUCGAGCUAAACAGCAGUGACGUCAUGGACCUGGGUCGCUACACCUGUUACUACAACGGGACCACAGAUCUCACCAACGCGGGAAACGCUACGUCAGUUUACGUAUUCGUGAAUGACGACUACUACCUGUUCCAGCCGGAUAAAGAUAUGGGCCAGCUUAAGUUUGUGACUGCGCGCCCCGGCGAGCAGACGGUCGUGCCGUGCCUGCCUACUCACUCGGGUGCUCGGGUCCAGCUGUGGAAAGACGGCGGACUGGGCGAGGACGAGACGGAGGAGGUGGCACUGGAGCGGCAGUACGUCGAGUUCGACCCGAUGCGGGGUUUCGUCAUCUACUACCCGCACAGCUACUUCUCUGGGCACUUCAUAUGCAACGGAACGGUGCCGGGACGCGUAUACAACGACUCGUCCAUGGCCGUAGAUUUCCACUACAGGCGACCCGUGCAAACAGCGCCCGACGUGACGAUCUCGAAGGAGAACAACUUCCAUCCAGUUCUGAACGACUCAUUCACCCUCAACUGCACCGUCACAUUUGAAGAGCGAGUCAUGUUAUUCAUGUCUUGGGACUACCCUAACAAGAACAGCUCCCGCAUCAAAGAGACCAAGCCCAUCCGCCACAACAAGACGUUUGGGCGAGACCACUUCAUGCUGUACAUUGUGACGUCACAGCUGACCGUUCGUGACGUGCAGAGAAGUGACGAAGGGCUCUACACGUGUUCCUGCACGUACGACGGCGGGAAGAAGCGCAACCAGUCAGUCUUUGUCUCCGUCUACGAGUCCGAACGGUUGGCGCACGUGAAGCUGGCCACUGACCUGGACACAUCGGAUUCCCUGGUGUUUCCCGAAGGGGGCAGCUUCAAGUUGGUGGUAACGGUGCAGGCGCAUCCGAGCUUCGCCGAGACGCUCUUCUGGUGGGACAAGGACGGCGCGCCGCUUGAAAAGGUCCCGGAGCUGCUCCUGUGGUACCGUGAACCACGAGUCGUGCUCGAGAAGUUCAACGCGCGCUUCGAUGACAGCGGCGAGUACGUGCUGUUCGCGCGCAUACGUAAUGCCACCUCCAAGAUCACAUUCAACGUCAGCAUCUUGUCCAAGCCUGUGGUCGCGGUGGUCAACAACACAGAGUUCUACGCCAACGGCUCCGACUACACCUUGGUCUGCAUGGUGAAAGGGAGCUCGCCGCUGAACGCUUCGUGGGAAUGGCACGAGUGCGUGGAACCGCGCGAUUGCGACGACCUGGGCAGUGUGUUCGACCACCUGGCCGCCAACAGCUCCCACAAGAACGCUGGCACCCCGCCGGGACCUUUGGUGAGCAGCACUGAGGGACAGCGACACCGCAACCUGACGCUUCGGCUUAGUGCCCAUCAGACUGGCCUGUACCGGUGCGUGGCCCAAAACUCGCAAGGCAGCGGAUUCAGCGUCACCAGGUUCUACGUCACUGACGCAAGGAACGGCUUCGAGGUCAUCGCCUCUGACGUCAUACCCGUCGACCAGGAUCGUGUGACGCUCAGCUGCCUGGCCAGCCAGUUCAAGUACGAGGGCCUCACAUGGAAGUGGAAACCGAAAGGCUCCUCACAACUUUUCAGCCUCAUCCCUAAUGGUGAUCUUGACGUCAAGAUGUUGUCUACAGCGUUCUCCAACAACCUGACGCUUCACUUCAACCAUAUCAGCAAGAACCAGUCCGGGGAGUACCAGUGCUUCGGUUCUGUUCGAGGCGGAGGAGCACGGAGGCAUAUUGAGUUCAUCAAAGUUGUCGUACGAGACAUGCGUCCACCAGAGUUUAGCAAGACCAACCUGCACAACGACGUUCUGUCGUACAUCGACCUGCAGUGCACAGCGACCGGCCUACCUGAGCCCAGCAUUUCGUGGCUGAAGAAUGGUAAGCCGCUUAACAUGAGUGGCAUGGACUGCCUUGAUGAAGGCCGCUGGAUUGUCAAGCGGAAGAUGACGCCUCAGGACAGCGGCUUCUACCAGUGUCGCGCCGAGAACAGGGCCGGAGUCAUCUACGCCAACACCACCAUCAAUGUCGCCAGUGGAAUACCAGCACCCAUCAUGAAUACCACGCACGUCGCCUUGCUAAGCGUCGUCUUCGUCAUCGCCAUCAUCUGCUUCUUGAUCGUGCUCGUUUGCUGCAAGAAAUAUCGUGCACAUUUGAAAGAGGAAAAAGAGAUGGAGCUGUUUGACAAGACAAUUUUCGACAAAGGCCAAGUGGACAUGUUCAACCCUGACCUCCCCCUGUGCGAGCAGGUAGAGCUGUUGCCCUACGACCAGCGUUGGGAGUUCCCAAAACAUCGUCUCAAGCUCGGAAGGACCUUGGGACAAGGUGCAUUUGGCCGGGUCGUCAAGGCUCAAGCCGUUGGUCUCGGCGAUGAAGGACAACCACUCACGGUUGCUGUGAAGAUGCUCAAAGAACGAUCCGAUAUGUCUCAACGCAAGGCAUUGAUGGCCGAACUCAAGAUACUGAUUCAUCUUGGUCGGCACCUGAACAUCGUGAAUAUUAUUGGAGCCGUGACGAAGAACGUAGCAAAAGGUGAAUUGAUGGUGAUCGUGGAGUACUGCAAGUUUGGCAACCUUAGGCAUUAUCUUCUUAGACACCGGGCGCGCUUCGUGAACCAGCUUAACCCGUCGACGGGAAAGCUGGAUCCGGACAUGUGCUACAGCCCGAAGUCACCAACUUCGACGUCGCCCGGUUUCCGAUUCGCCCUUUCAAAUCCCGUUUACUGCCAACAGAGUCCGCAGCAGCAGACCACGCCGACGCUGAAGUACGCCGAUCUGGCGAUGAGCGCGACACCGACAAGCAGCGGCAACGAGUUCAACUUCUCGGUGUCAGACACCACGGACGGCUUUCCGCCGGAGAGCGGCACGACGCUCAUGAGCGGCUCCUCCCUGCGCGACCACGGAGACAUGCGCGACGCAGCACUCACCACCCGCGACCUGCUUUGCUUCGCCUUCCAGUGCGCUCGCGGGAUGGAGUACCUCGCCUCGAGAAAGUUGAUUCACAGGGACUUGGCUGCAAGGAACGUUCUGCUAGGAGAAGGGAACGUAGUGAAAAUUUGUGAUUUUGGGCUCGCGAAGGACUGCUACAAGUAUUCCAACUAUAUCAAAAAAGGAGACGGUCUCCUGCCUGUGAAAUGGACUGCUAUAGAGUCGAUCACUGACAGGGUGUUCACAACAAAAAGCGAUGUAUGGUCUUACGGGGUGCUACUCUGGGAAAUAUUCUCACUCGGAGGCAACCCCUAUCCUGGAGUUGCCAUCGAUGAGUCCUUCUACAAAAGGCUGAAGAACGGCUACCGCAUGGAGAAACCAGACUACGCGCCAGACGAUGUGUACGAAAUCAUGCAGGGCUGCUGGCAAGGAGAGCCUAAGGAGCGGCCAGAUUUCUCGACCCUGGUUACCCGCGUUGGAGACCUGCUUGAUGCUGGAGUGAGAAAUUACUACGUGGCCUUGAAUGACCCUUACGCCAACGUGAAUGAAUUGAUGAAAAACAACGACGACUACCUCAUGAUGAAGAACAAGCUAGACCCUGACUACCUGGACAUGAGGUCCGAUGAAGAGAACUACAUCAACACAAGCCGAGCUACCACGCAGCGGAGUUCACUGCCGCACUACGCCAAGAUUGCGCCAAGUGCCAACGUAGACGACGUUAGCGCCACCGUGGGAGACGACAUGAAAAUGAUACCCAGAAGAGGCAGCGCCAGCGACGCUUCCGCUCAAGACGACAACCAGAGAUACAUGAACAUCGGGAAGGGACCGAUGCUACAACUUCGGCUUCCGCAAGGAAAGCGCCGAGAUGCACCUUCUCCACUGUUGCCACCUACGGGUGGUGCCUUGGGUGACGCGAGGGCGUCAGAUGACGUGAGUGAAAUCUGUGUCACGCCACCACCGGCGUACAACAUGGUCAUGAGCUACAUUGGUAGUGGGGAGAUCGAGCUGUGAGUGACCAUGAAAUCACGUAACCGAUGAACUCAGUGCGAAUAUGUCCGGCACCGUCGAAGCUGGGACACGUAGCCCACAUAUCCUACAUGACUGGCUACAAAUUAUCCUGGUCUUGCUCGACAGUUUCACUGUUAAAUGGAGCCGCCCUGCCGAUGGUCAAGCGAACAUGCUGUUUUAUGCGACUCCAGCAUUUUUAUGAACGAAACCGAAAAAUUUGGUGCACGGAAGCACUGCGUUGUGGAUGGAGGACUCGUGCUCGAACAGGUGCAUAUAGAUGUUGGGGACUUAUAUUUCCAUUGAUGUUGUUACGUUAGUCUUCUUUAUUCCAGUGUCCAGGACAUACUUGCGUGCUACUGUGUCUUCUAUUCUCCUCGGCCCUUGAAGAAUCUGAUCGAUCAGGGCUGUGGAUGGAGGACUCGUGCUCGAACAGGUGCAUAUAGUUGUUGGGGACUUGUAUUUCCGUCGAUUUUGUUACGUUAGUCUUCUUUAUUCCAGUGUCCAGGACAUACUUGCGUGCUACUGUGUCUUAUAUUCUCUUCGGCCCUUGGGGAAUAUGAUCGAUCAGGGCAUCAUGCGACCGAGCGAAAGAAACCAGCUGGGAGCCAAGUUGGUCCGCUAGCGUCAUUCCAGUCCCCGUCAGUCAGAGUCUAGUUUGUUGCGCAGUGACUGUUAUGCAGGUGUCCUGACAUGUGGCUCAGUUUGGAGCUUUGGCAUUACUCAGUGACUCACGUACUUUGAAAAAUGACCUGCGUACGCGUGUGUCGACAGAUGUUAUGCGUAACUGUGCCAUUUACCACGUUUUUUGCUCGUGCUUGUUGAUGAAUCUUCGUGCCGAGUGUCACUCUA